ACGUCACGAAUCACCUGUGGGUGGGUGUAGGAUCUGGGAUUAGCUGUAGCCGCAGGUAAUAGCCAAACAUUGGGAGACUGUCGGCAACACAAGGUUGUGAAUUUUACCUAAAGAAAGACGAUAAAGAGCGAAGCUGCGCUGUUCGGGUCGAACCUUGGGUCUGAAAGCUUUGUUGUUUCGUGGAGGUAAAGUCACCUGGAAAUCUGUAGGCGGUCAAAAUCCGUCUCUUUUUUUUUUCUCUAUUUGAAGCGCUAGCAGAGGAAAGUUUUCGGUCUGGGACUUCCGCGGUUUGCUCGCUGAACAAGUUAUCUGGGAUAAAAGACAGCCACAAUUGUUUCCUCUUAUGCGGUCCCAGGCAUUUUGAGCCAUGCCUGGUCACAGCACAGGGGCUCCCCAGGCGUCCCGCCACCACAAACACCACAGCUCCGGCUCCAGGUCAGAAAAGUACAGACAACAUCGGACUAUAUCCAGAGACAGCACUGCCAGCCAAGACUCCUACAAGGAUCCCCACGGGGAGCAUCUACAUGAGCACCACGCUGACCACUCCCGGUAUUCAGAGAACAAGUACAGUCGCAGCAGAGGAGGCCAUCCACGAAAUGGCACGGCGCGGGGCUCGGAGACCAUAGGUUUCAUUCCCGGGUCGGCAGACAACACGCCUACCAGCAGACAGGCCUGUGGCUCCUGCGCCUCUAUGGGCUGGAGCAGCUGUAAGGCUCUUAUCUGCUGUGUACUGACCUGUGGAUUUUAUGGCACCCGAGAGCCCUGUCUGCCUGUUAACGAGAGCUCCACAGACCAUCCCCCUAAAGCAGGUAGCGAGCCUCACCCUCCUAAUGGCAUGGCUUUGAGCAACCCCACCUGUGGCAAACAGGUUGAGUGCAGCAAGCCCACCAAACCCUCAAAGCUGCCCACAAGUGACAGCUUCCGCUACCCUGACGUGCGCAUCGCAGGUCAGACAGUAAAGUAUACGGUCCCUGCCACCAAACGGACCCGUGCGCCUGGCAAAGGCGAAAGCCACAGGCCGGUCAGCAACACCAGUCUGUUAUCCCGGGACUAUGAGUUAGACGACCUGAGCGAAACGGGCACGGACAUUGACUCCCUCAUCACCAAGAAGCUGCUGGAGCUUUACGCCCUGCACCAGAUCGACCAGCUGGCCAAGUGCACCUCCGACUCGUCUUUCUCCCGCAAGACCAACGAGAUCAGCGAGCUCAUCUACAGCAUCGCCCAGGAUUACAACCUGGAGGAGCAGGAGGCCGAGUGCAAGCUGGUGCACGGGGUCAUACGCAUCAGCACACGAAAGGGCAAGAGAAACAAGAGCCAUCAGUCCACCGGACAGCGUCCUAAUGGGAGGAGCGACGGGACUCUUCCUGACAGCGGCAACGAGACCAUGACCAACACCUUCAUAAGCAGUGACUUUCCGGAGGUCAAAGUGUCAGAGCAGACGCCAUCAGAUGAGCUGGCAAGGAAAAUGAGACAUUACAGCGGGAAAACGUACUACUCCAGCACCACCACAGCCUACUCGGCCUACCAUCAUGACACCGAAACAGACUCAUCAGGUGCUCCUCUGCUUCUCUGAAAGUACCUAUAGUGACAAGGGAUGUAGCCAACCUUCUUCUAUCAUUUAUGCUGUUACUGAGUGGAGCACCUUCUGGGCGGUUGUACUGUUCCUUUUAGUGGUCCGGCUAAUGUUUGCUGUUGGAAACAUUUUAUUGUUCCAGCAAAUGACCCCACUGAGGAAACAAUGUUUUUUUGUUGUUGUUGUUUUUGUUUUGUUUUGUUUUGUUUUGUUUUGUUUUACACAGGGAAAGACAAAGUGUUUAUGUAUUAGUAUGCAGUGUUGCAAGUUGUUUUCAGAAAAAGAAACGCUCCAUGCAGUCUUAGCAGUCAGGUCAUAGGAUAGAGACUGAUGGUAAAACAUAACCGUCCUCAUUCUUGUCUGUGUGAUUGUUUGUGCAAGCCAUUGUGCAUGUACUGUGCCAAUGGGUUUAUUGACUCCUGUCAUUUAGACUCCUUAGAGGCAUGCCUUGUUCUGAAAACUGUAUUGUUAAGCCAUAUUUUGAUGUACAUAUUUUUUAAGUCAAUAUUACUUUCUGGAUUGCUGAACCAUUUGUUGAAACCAGUUUUCUGUUGUUGUUGUUUUUUUACUCAAAGUCCUGUUUUUAACAAAAUAAAAAUCUCCAUGCUUGUUUA